AUGCAUCCGUCACUCCCCAAAGGGCCGCUCUGCACCAGGUCCUCCCUGGCCAACAACCCUCGCAGUCUCGGCCUCAGCCCAGGGGACACAGUUCUCGUCCAUUCCUCCCUCAGUCGUAUUGGCUGGAUUAAUGGUGGAGCCGAAACCCUCGUCCACUCUCUUCUCGAUGUCCUCUCUCCCCAAGGCACUCUAGUCGUUCCCACGCAUACCGGUAGCAACUCAGACCCAGCAGGGUGGGUUAACCCGCCUGUUCCCCAAUCAUGGUGGCAGACUAUUCGAGAUACUAUGCCUGUAUUCGACGUGCGAACCAGUCGAACCGAGCGUAUGGGUGUUGUAUCGGAAACGGUCCGAACUUGGCCAGGUGCAGUGAGGAGUAUGCAUCCUCAGACAUCGUUCAGUGCGAUUGGUGCGAAUUCGAAAGUUGUUACGGAGGCGCAUGCACUGGAUAGCCUGCUCGGUGACGAGAGUCCCCUAACACGAUUGGAAGACGUGGAUGCGAAAGUUCUACUCUUGGGAGUUGGGUUCGACGUUUGCACGUGUUUUCAUCUGGCCGAGUAUAGAACCAAUUCACGAAAGGCUGAUAACUCGUUUGCGGCUCUGGUGGGCGGAAAGCGGACAUGGAUGACGGUGUUGGACGUCGCUGUGAGUAACGUCGAUUUUCUCGAGCUAGGGAAGGAUUUUGUCGCUGAAACCGGCCUCACCAAUGGUAAGAUUGGUGGAGCAGAGUGUUGGUUGUUCUCCCUGCCGCAGGCAGUCAAGUUUGCUGAGAAGUGGUUUGCAUCGCAUCGAGUGCCUGCUUAA